AUGGGGCUCAUUGGCGGCAUCUCUCCUGGAGGGAGCAUUGCUCUCGGAAUAAUAGUCGGCUUGAUAUCCACGAGCGUGCAAAGUCUCGGCCUCACGCUGCAACGAAAGUCCCACAUACUCGAAGAUGAAAAGGGGCCCUACGAUGUUCGACGACCGCCAUACCGGAGAAGGAGGUGGCAGGUAGGAAUGGGCAUGUUCAUCAUCUCCAACGUCAUCGGGAGCUCGGUUCAGAUAUCGGUCCUCCCUUUACCGGUUCUCUCGACACUCCAAGCGUCCGGCUUGGUCUUCAACUCGAUAUGCGCCACUCUCAUUCUUGGAGAACCCUUCACGAGGUGGUCACUAUGGGGAACCUUGCUGGUCUGCAGCGGCGCAGUCUUGAUCGCCAUUUUCGGGGCUAUUCCCUCGCCGGCGCACAAACUGAGCGAGCUGCUGGAGUUGUUGGGACGAGGUCCGUUCGUGGCAUGGAUGGUGUUUCAGGGAUUCCUUGUGCUGGGCAUUGCGAUCGCGACAGAUGUGGUUAGCCACUUUACGAAGCUGAUGCAGCAUUCCCGGUUCCGCCUGGCUCGGGGUUUUGCAUACGGAUGCAUAAGUGGCAUCUUGUCUGCUCACUCCCUGUUGGUGGCCAAGUCAGCCGUCGAACUGCUCGUCAAGACCAUCGUGGACGGCGAUAACCAGUUCGUCCACUGGCAAUCCUGGGUCAUUCUUCUGGCCCUCGUCACGCUCGCUCUCAGCCAACUCUACUACCUACACCGCGGCCUGAAACUGGUUUCGACCUCGGUUCUAUAUCCACUAAUAUUUUGCAUCUAUAACAUCAUCGCCAUUCUAGAUGGCCUAAUCUACUUCGAUCAGACCGAACUGAUUAGCCCGCUCCAGGCGUGCCUAAUCACCCUCGGCACCGUCAUCCUUCUAGCCGGCGUCCUGGCACUGUCAUGGCGUCUCCACGACGAACAACACACUCCCAGCGUCGGACAGUCGACACUCGCCCCAGGAAUGGGCCUGGUCGAAGACACCGAAGACGAAAACGACGAAGAAGCCCUUCUCUUACGUUCCGACAUUGAAGAUGAAGAAGAACGCAUCGGCGUUCCCUCCCCACGCUUGUACAGCUACAACACCUUCAGCGCCAGCCAAUCCCGGCUCGGCGACGGCACCUCUCAAGACGGCGGGCCCGUCGUGGUGAGGGCGCAACCAAAGCGCCAGCGUUCUCUAGCCGGCCAAUCGAUCCGCACCCUCCCUAAGAACCGAUGGACCGAAUGCGCCGAAAUUUGGGACGAGCUCGAAGACCGCGACACGCCACCCGACCACUCCUCCACUUCCUCCCCAGCCUUUCUCUCCAGCAGCAGGCGACGCUCCACUACUUUACCCGUCACGAAUCCAAACGAGGGUACUUCCCUCCUCCACCCUCGUCGAAGGGAAGUAAGCGAUAGCUACCAAUUUGCGCCCAGAGCAGCCACCGAUCUUGCCUCGGCCCGACGGAAUUUUGGGAGACGUAGGAGGUCCACCGGGUUUCCCGGUUUCAUUCCCCGCAAACCUUCAGCAACGACAGUACCACGGAAACCAUCAGGUGGUGGUGGUCUGCAGGAUCUAGUCAGCGGGUUUUUGAGAGCAAGGUGGUGGAAGAAUAAACCCAAGACUACUCUUGGUGUGCCGGGGCUUAGGGAGGAAGCAAUAGUUGCGAUACAUGAGGAGGAAGGGGAGGGGCUGUUAAGGGAUUAUCAUGGCCAGGGUCAAAGUCAGGGACAGGCGCAAGGUUCGGGAUCAGGGUCAGGGACACAGAGUGAGAGAGUGUCUCCAAGGAAUGGGAACGCAAGGCCAGGGCCAAAAGCGUCCUCACUAGAUGGCGCCCAAGGGCAUGAGCGAUCAACAACAACAGGAGGGACAAGGAAUAAUGGGAGGCGCAAGGUUGAUGACGCACCGGUAUAGUAGACCGUGUGUCUUGCUUGGGUUGGCGCUUGGGGUUUGGCUUUAUAUCAUUCUUCUUCUAUUAGGUAGCAAUGGAGGCUCGGGGGGGAUGCAUAUCAAUAAAUAUACCAGCAUUAGAC